AUGGUCAAUCUUCAUCUCCACGGCGAUCCUAUUCGCUCGUCAUAUGAAAGGACAUUGCCCGAACUCAGCACUUUGUGGACUUCAACUCUGGUUCCAUUUCCAUCGUACCUCAACAUGAUCGGUAUAGCAGGUACGAUAGCCGGCUUUGUGGUAGUGUUUGUGGCAAAGGACUGGAGAUGGGUAGGACCAAAAGCGUAUCAGUCAUCGGAACUGAACAACCAAUGGGGAUCUGUUCAUGCGAUGUUGGGACUUAUCGCUUGUGUGGUUGCUUGGGCUCAACCGCUUAAUGCCGUUUUCAGAAAGUAUAAGAUUAUUCCUCGCGAAGAACUAUUUGUAUUGAAUUUUUUGGGGUUAUUAGUUGGCCAUCCUGACGGGAAAGGGCGAUGGCUUUUCAACAUCAUUCACGGAUUCUUCGGUUUUGGCAGCUGGCUUUGCGCAGACAGCCGGUUCCUCCAGGUGUUCAUCCUGUUGUUCUUCGUUGUGGUCGCCAUUGGUACGGCUGUAGCGAUAUCUGUGCUCAUCGGCUUGAAGCCAAUUGCUUGA